CAAUCGGCCGGAAAUAGGGAAUGCCUUAAAUCAGAACACCUUCCAAGUCUUUACACUACUAUCCCUGCUCCGUGGCCCCCUCUUGCAGGCCUUACUGAUAUUGACUGGGAACAAUCGGGGAAAAGGAGAUGCUGACAGGCUUCCGCCGGGCUGAUAGUCAUCCCCAAGUUCGUGUGAUCGUUCUGACUGGUCAAGGAACAUUCUUCACAACAGGUCUUGAUCUAUCAGAGAGUAUGACUAGUAUCUACGAGAGCGAAGAGGAGCCGAUCAUCCCCAAAGAAAGGCUUCAAACAUUAGACGCAUACCAUCAGCUCCUCAUCACAACCGACAAAAUUCUCAUAGCUGCGGCCAACGGACCGGGUGUAGGCUACGGGUUAUCGAGCAUUGCAUUAUUCGACUUCGUCUACUCCGACCCAGCCGCUUAUUUUUUUGCCCCUGUUGUGAAACUGGGAGUGUGCGCCGAAGCAUGCUCAAGUUUCACAUUUCCUCGCAUUCUAGGUCGGCAGAGAGCGUCCAUGUUGCUACUGGCAAAUGAGCGGAUCGGAGCUGCAGAAUUGAGAGACGUGGGGCUGAUCACACAUAUCGUCGCCUCGGAUAGACUGAUGCCCGAGGUCAUGCAGAUGGCUGAGAAAAUCAUCAAAUUACCACCAGAUAGCCUCUUAGCAAACAAGGCUUUGCUGAUGAGAGCGUACCGCGAGGAAUUGUUGCUGGCAAAUGAGAUGAAACUCCGGUUGUUAAGGGAGAGAGUCAGGAGUAAGGAGGCGAAGGUGUCAAAGAUGAGGUGA